CUCCCUUAGUUAACAAUGACCACUUGGUCUAGUAUUGUCCUACUGCUUAGCCUGGGCCUUUUGGCCGCAGAUGCAGCUGCCCCGUGGUGGCAAACGGCAUCCUUUUAUCAGAUCUAUCCGCGUUCCUUUAAGGACAGCGAUGGGGAUGGUGUUGGGGAUUUGAAUGGCGUAACCGAGAAACUGGAAUACCUUAAGGAAAUUGGAGUGACAGCUACUUGGCUGUCACCAUUUCUAAAAUCACCAAUGGCCGACUUUGGAUACGAUAUAUCGGACUUUAAAGAGGUAGAUCCUCUGUUUGGCACCAUGAAGGACUUUGAGAAUAUGGUGAAGCGUGCCAAGCAGCUGAAUGUGAAGAUCAUUCUGGACUUUGUGCCAAAUCACUCGAGUGAUGAAUGCGAUUGGUUUAAACGCUCCGCUGCCGGCGAGAAGAAGUACAAGGAUUACUACAUCUGGCAUCCAGGAUUUGUUGAGAACGGUGUGCGCAGACCUCCCACCAAUUGGGUGAGCGUGUUCCGUGGCUCGGCCUGGGAAUGGCAUGAGGGUCGACAGGAGUACUAUCUACAUCAGUUCCACAAGAAACAACCAGACUUUAACUUCCGCAAUCCCAUUGUGCGCGAGGAAAUGAACGAUGUGCUGAGGUUUUGGCUAGAAAAGGGUGUCGACGGCUUCCGUGUGGAUGCCAUCUAUCACGCCUUUGAGGUUGAGGCUGAUGAGAAUGGCAACUACCCGAACGAACCACGCAACGAUUGGACCAAUGAUCCCGAUGAGUAUGGAUACACUCACAAAAUCUACACUGUAGAUCAGCCCGAAACUCCACAUUUGGUCUACGAAUGGCGUGAGAUCUUGGAUCAGUUUCAGCAGGACAACGGUGGCGAUGAACGUAUACUGAUGGUUGAGACCUGGUCCCCAAUUGAGAUUGUGAUGCAUUAUUAUGGCAAUGGAACGGCCGAGGGAGCACAGAUACCCUUCAAUUUCCAGCUGAUAAGCAAUCUGCAUUACGAUUCCGAUGCCUAUCACUACGAGUACUUGAUCAACAACUGGCUAUCGCAAAUGCCAAGUGGCAAGAGUGCCAACUGGGUGAUUGGCAAUCACGAUAAGAAUCGUGUUGGCUCCCGCUUUGGUGCCGAUCGCGUUGAUCUGUUCAACGUCCUGCUGCUCACACUUCCUGGCUGCAGUAUUACCUACCAGGGCGAGGAGCUGGGCAUGCUGGAUGCCUACAUCUCGUGGAAGGAUACUGUUGAUCCCCAGGCAUGCAAUGGACAUGAGGACAACUACAUGGCCAUGUCCCGUGAUCCUGCCAGGACACCCAUGCAUUGGACCGAUGGAAAGUUCAGUGGUUUCACCACCGGUGACUCCACCUGGCUGCCAGUUGCCCAAGAUUAUCGACAACGUAAUGUGCAAACGGAACGAGGUGUCGCCGUCAGCCAUCUGAAUGUCUUCAAGCGUCUGCAGCAGCUCCGAAAGGAGCCAACCAUCGAGCAGGGAUCUGCAGAGAUCAAGGCCGUCAGUGGCUAUGUUUUGGCAGUGAAGCGCUAUCUGAGUGGCAACUAUGUUUACAUUUCACUCUUUAACAUUUUCGGCCACAUUGAGAAUGUUAAUCUGAAUGAUGUUUUCAGUGGACUCCCGGCAAAAUUCCAGUAUGCUCUCGUGACUGGCAAAUCCAUCAAGCAAUUGGGUGAUCAGGUUUCCGCCAGCAGUAUCACCCUGAUGCCCUACGAGGCAAUUGUCCUCCGUUCGACAACCACAAUUUAGCCAUAAAUGUGCAGAAACCGAUUGCAAAAAUAAAUAAAAUACUCUCCAUCAUGA